UCGCAAUAUUGUCUCAACGACCGAUUUGAAGUGUGGGCAAGUAGCCAAUCAUUACAAGUCAUGCAGUAGACCUAUGAUAAUGCGAUAUAAAAUGAUGUGUAUCAUUAGGACAUUAAUAAGUGGAUUUUCCUUGAAAUGUUAUCUAUUAGUUGACACGGAGAGGAUUGUCAUUUUUUCUUAAUAUUAAAACUUAAUCGAGGAGAGCGUGUGCAUUAUACGUAAACAAAUUAGGGACUGACACUAAAAGUAUAAACGUACAAAAGUUUGUCUCAAUGUUUUUAUUUAUUGUGUAACGCUGUAAAGCAUAUGGAAAAUCGAAAGUUCAAUGUUAUUAUCUUAUGUUUAAUAUAAAACAAAAACCGGCGAUUUGAAGUUGUUUCGUUAGAAAAAAUACCGGAAGUAGUGUGCCAUUGUGCCGCUGGGUUCAGGCGGUAAGGGUCGAGGAUGCUUGAGACGCACCACCAUUGGCUUCCGGUCAUUAUGGCCAUCUACCUGCCGUUGUCGUUCAUCAUCACGUAUUCGAUGGCGGUUGCUUACAAGCACGUAGAGCCCGGCUUCCCGUACAUCAGUGACACGGGAACCAUCCCCCCGGACAGCUGCGUGUUCGGUCAGCUGCUCAACAUCGGCGCUGUCAUAGGUGGCUUUAUUAUCUACAUCCGGUACAGUCACAUCCUCUACCACUUCCGGUCCGUCCCAGGUCGGAUGGGCCUCUUACGUCUCAACACUGCCGCUUACAUCAUCGGCCUGCUCACCGUGCUGGGUGUCAGCAUUGUGGGAAACUUCCAGGAAACCAACGUGAUCGGUGUGCACCUUUUAGGAGCAUUUAUGGGGUUCGUAGUUGGGUUCGUAUAUUUCGUGCUCCAGACAGUGAUCUCGUACAAGGUGCGAGACACAGACAUACCCGGAAACACACCCAACAUUCGCAAGUUCCGGGUGCUCCUGAACGUCAUAGACUUUAUAUUUUUGGUGCUGGUUGGCACCAUGUCGCUUGUAUCUAAAAGUCUCGGGCCCGGGGCAGGCAUUUCAAAACGGAAUUGGAAGCCGGAUAACUAUGGGUACCCGGAGCACCUAGUGGCGACCAUUUCAGAGUGGCUUGUAGCCUUUACUUCCGUUACAUACUUCGCCACAUUUUACACAGAAUUCAAGCACUUCCGGGUCAAAGCACCGGAAAUCGUCUACUAUGAUGUGAGCGACAAUGCUUGCACUGCUGAGACCACUGGGGAAGAAAGGCGGGGCUUCGCUCAGUCAAGUGGACCCAACUAUCGGACCAUACAAGACUUGAACUGCUAUGGCAACGAGAGCAGGCCCGAAGUGGAAACAGCACUUGUUUAACUUCUGCAAACUGUGUGUGUUCAGCAAUAACUUCAGGGAUACAAUAGACAAUGACAAAAUGCUUCAUAAUCGCUUAAACCGAAUAUAACACACAAUUAAAUAUAACACGAAUGAUCUGUUUCGUAACCUCGUUCAUGCUUCUACAGCAGGAAUUUCUGGGAAACGUUCUUUUGUUCUCAACAGAUAGCGGCGAUCUUUUGUAUGUACUGGUGCUAACAACGCUUCCAAAGGUUAAGCUUGUUUAUAUUCACGGUUCUCAAUUUAUAAAACGUUGGACAUUAGUUCACCAAUUACUACAGGCAUACUAUAGACAACCUCAAACAAGCUUUAUAAUCGCUAAAACCGAAAACAACUAAAUAUAACAAGAAAUAUCUUUUAAAAAUGUAGUCGGCGUAAACGCUGACUUUGAAAUAAAGUUUGCAAUUAACUUUUAUAAAUUAAUAAAUAAAUAAAACGAAAACAAAAGUUUAA